CCUCGCGCGGCGGCGGAGGGGCGGGAUGGGGGGGGCGGCGGCGCUCAGGCGGGACGGCCCGUGGGCGCUGUCCUUGGUGCUGGCCGCGGCGUGCGCGGCGCGCAGCGCCGACGGGCCCAGCAACAUGUCUUACGUGAAGGACACGGUGGACGGGCUGCUGCAGGGCUACGACAUCCGCCUCCGACCCGACUUCGGAGGUCCGCCCGUGGAUGUGGGCAUGCGGAUAGAGAUCGCCAGCAUCGACGUGGUCUCGGAGGUCAACAUGGAUUACACCCUGACUAUGUACUUCCAGCAGUCCUGGAGGGACAAAAGGCUUUCUUAUUCUGGAAUACCUUUGAACCUAACUCUGGACAACAGAGUGGCUGACCAGCUGUGGGUGCCGGACACGUACUUCCAAAAUGACAAGAAGUCAUUUGUCCAUGGAGUGACAGUGAAAAACCGAAUGAUUCGACUCCAUCCAGAUGGGACAGUGCUUUAUGGCCUACGGAUCACAACAACAGCUGCUUGCAUGAUGGAUCUACGCAGAUACCCUCUGGAUGAACAAAAUUGCACACUAGAAAUUGAAAGUUAUGGAUACACUACUGAUGAUAUUGAAUUUUACUGGAAUGGAGAAGAAUCAGCAGUAACAGGAGUUAGUAACAUUGAGCUCCCACAAUUUUCUAUAGUUGAUUACAAGAUGGUAUCAAAGAGAGUGGAAUUUACAACAGGAGCAUAUCCUCGAUUAUCACUUAGCUUCCAGCUAAAAAGAAAUAUCGGAUACUUCAUUUUGCAAACCUAUAUGCCUUCCACGCUGAUCACAAUUCUGUCGUGGGUAUCUUUUUGGAUCAGUUAUGAUGCCUCUGCAGCCAGAGUUGCUCUUGGAAUCACAACUGUGCUGACCAUGACCACCAUCAGCACUCACCUCAGGGAGACCUUGCCAAAAAUUCCCUAUGUUAAGGCAAUAGAUAUUUACCUGAUGGGAUGCUUCGUGUUUGUGUUCCUGGCGUUGCUGGAAUAUGCCUUUGUAAACUACAUAUUCUUUGGGAAAGGACCUCAACGUCAAAAAAAGGCAGCAGGCAGGGCAGGAUAUACUACAGAUAAGACGAGCAGACUGGAAACAAAUAGAGUUCAGGUUGACCCACAUGGAAACAUGCUUCUUAGCCCACUUGAAGCACGAAAUGAUGUCAGCAGCUCAAAUGUGCUCACAAGCCUCCGUGACCCCCGAGCGAUCAUGUACACAUAUGACAGUGGCAACCUGCAGUACAGAAGAGCCACUUCAAGCAGAGACUUCUACAGUAGGAGUGGUCUGGAGAGGCACAGGCUUCAUAAAAAAGGACAAUUACGAAGAACGACAUCCCAGAUCAAAGUCAAAAUCCCCGAUUUGACUGAUGUUAACUCAAUAGACAGGUGGUCCAGAAUGGUCUUUCCCAUCACAUUCAUUCUUUUCAAUGUUGUUUAUUGGCUGUAUUAUGUCCACUAAUUUAUGCAAUAACAUUACCACAGACUAACAUAAUUAGGCUUGUUUCUUUUCCUUCCCAAUUUUCUGAACUCUGAAGAACUGCAGUAGCCAUGCCACAUGUUCAAGGUAGGAUACCUAGUCACUGAAUAAUUUUAAAUUUAAACUUGAAAAAAAAAAAACCACAACAAACCAGCCUCACCACAUUCACAGUAAAAUAGUACAGAUCUGCUCUUACAGAGCAUCUUCAGCAAAAGUGCUAUUCCUUGAUUUUUUACAGACUUAGUGCACCACCUGUGACCUUCCUGUGUCUGCUUUUACCUUUAUUUUAAAUGGAAUAAAAAUCAAUCCUACUGCAUUUCUUACCACAUAUUGGCAGCCCACAGAAGCAUGCUUGAAAAUAAGACAGUAAAAGAACUCAAAGUAGUCAUGUCAUAGUCUUUCAGCAUUUAAAGUGCAAAGAAAUUUGAAGAAAUAACUGUUUGAAAUAUUGUAAUUAUUACAUCAUGCAUCAUUUCAAAGUUAAUAGUUAUACUAGGAAGUAUUUCUAUAGUGUCUGUGAGAAGUACCACUCAAGGAGGUGCAAAUCAAUUCACAUUUUCAUAGAGGCAGGGAUCUUCAAAGAAAGCAAGCAUUGCAGAGACAAAUCUCACUGAGUUUCCAACUAAGGAACCAGCUGAUUGGAUCUAACUGGAAUUUUUUUUAUUUCCACAAAGUAGCAAAGUUGAAACUGACAAGAACAGUCAUGUCAUCUCUAAUUUUGUAUUAAAAAGCAGAAAAUAAACAUGUUCAUUCCUGGAAGCAAUUCCUAAAGGAUACCCCAGCCCAAGAGUGGCCACUCUUCUUGACUCCCAGGUUUGCUGUGGCUUGUCAUUGCAACACGCUCUCUCAGAAGCCAGCACAUGUCUGGGAACAGGAGCUACAACUGAGUUUUAUGGUAUACUGGUGAUGCUGGGCACACUGCUUCGGAGAAGUGGCAUCUCCCCACCUGGCUGCUUAUAGCCUGACACAACUCCAGUCAAGUGCUAGUAAGACAAAGUGCUAGUAAGCCGCAUACCACUGAGGAGCAAUAGGUCAGUCAUCUCUUAUCUCUACCAAAUUCAUUUUCUUUCUCUAAUGCCUUUUAAAUCAAGAAUAUUUUAGUGGCAACUAACAAUAACAUUUUGGUAUCAUAAAAUAAUCAAUACACAGAACACAUGGGAGUCUUGCAUGGUAAGCAACCUGAACUUUCCACAACUGCAAAAAAUAGCUCCAGGAGGGAGACAACAGUAGUUGCUGUAUGUGCUGUCCGUUCCAAACAUAUACCCUAUUAAAUGGUUUUGAAUUCAAUGAUCUGGCACCAGACUUCACAGAGUAAGUCCAUGAUCCAGUGAACUUGCCGGCUUUGUGGUUAUACACAGAAAUGAAUUCAAAGAAAGCAAUACACUCUACAGAUAUGUAGUGUAAAAUACUCUGUGAAAAACAGCUGUCAGUGACCCACGGUUUUGCAUCACCUGAUUGCCCAUAGAUAUUCAUAGACAGAUCACGGGUCAGUAAUUUAACCCAGCUGACCCAGUGGUGCAGAGACAUUACAGCCCCUACUUACAGCUUCAGUAGAUAUUCAGGAAAAGCCAACAUCCACAUGAUAUUGAAAUAAGAAUUUAGGUAAAAAAAAGGAUCUGUUGCCUGCUAUUAUAAGAGCAAAGAUCAGCUUUACUGCUGUUCAGCAUCUUUUCUUGUAGACUCCUAUCAACUGGAUAUACACAGGUUCUAGUUUAUGGAUCACUCAGCUAGUUCAUGCACAGAUGUCAGACACACAGGCUACAAGCAGUAACAUUGCACAGUUCUAAGCUGGGGGGGUGGGGGUGGGGCUAACAAAACAGUUAACAAAUGCAAUACUUUUUCAGAACAGUCUUUUCCAAACCAGCAGGGUCCAUUCAACACGUCAUCAAUACACACUCCAGCCCUGCUGCCAGUUUUGAACCGUGCACAGUAAGGCGUGGCUGCAUUGAGAGUUGGAACCACAAUCUUUAGUGAGGAAAUAGCUGCCAGCUCUCAAUACAAAGUUUUGCAGAGGGGUCUAAUAGUUGCACCACACACAGACGCAAGAGCCACCUGCUGCAGGCUGGAAAUAUCUUAGUCCAGGGUCAGCAUCUCCUGACUCCCACGGAGCUCCUACUGGCACAUUUAACCACUAAGCCUGGUAAAGAAAACAGAAUUUGGUAUACGAGCUUGCAAAGCACAUCGGAUUUAAAUUAAAAUCUCUUUCAAAACUUUAAAAGAGAAUUCAGCCCAAAACUUGGGAACAGGGUGUAUAACCAUAACUAGCACAUUUUCCCUCACUCCACUACUUUUAAAAAAAAAAUCAGAAAACAUUUCUCAUUUGAGAGCAACAACUUGGCAGCAAGGAAAAGGCAGUGGUUAUUAGAGGAACAGGAUGAAAAAAUAUGGCUAUUUAUGGAUUACCCAUACAAGUUGCCUUCUGGAGCUAGGAAUUAGCGAGUGCAAAA